AUGCAGUUCGAAGUCAUUGCCAAAUGCCACACGACGCGAGCUCGUGUCUCUCGAAUGAAUCUGACCCAUGGCGUGACUAUGUUACCCACAUUCAUGCCAGUCGCGACCCAAGCAGCCAUCAAAGGACUCACUCCCCAGCAAGUAGAAGCUCUUGGCGUCACCUUGAUACUCAAUAACACAUAUCAUCUCAAUCUUCGUCCUGGCAUGAAAGUAUUGAACCAAGCGGGAGGUGCUCACAAAUUCCAGGGCUGGCAUCGCAACCUCCUGACGGAUAGUGGGGGGUUCCAACUGGUUUCUCUGAGCAAGUUUACAACAAUCACUGAAGAAGGGGCACUUUUUCUAAGCCCGUUCACCGGUGAACCGACAAUGUUAACGCCCGAAGAAAGUAUAUCUAUUCAACAUUCCAUUGGUGCAGAUAUUAUCAUGCAACUGGACGAUGUAGUGUCAAGUCUGACUACAGGACCACGCGUAGCAGAGGCUAUGGAAAGGUCCGUCCGAUGGCUGGAUCGAUGUAUCAAAUAUCACGAAGGCUCUGGGAAGAAAUCAACCCAGAACCUUUUUGCGAUCGUCCAAGGAGGUCUUGAUCCUCACCUCCGACAUCAGUGUCUCGAUGCUAUGAUCCAGAGGAAAAACGACAUUUCCGGAUAUGCCAUUGGUGGCCUAAGUGGCGGUGAAGAAAAGGAUGUCUUUUGGCGAAUUAUCAAGCUAUGCGCAGAUAAACUACCAGAAGAUCGACCUCGUUAUUCUAUGGGAAUUGGCUUUGCCGAAGGCAGGAACUUUCUUCUACAUCUACUGGUCUGUGUAGCCCUGGGCGUCGAUAUGGCUGACUGUGUCUUCCCUACAAGAACUGCUCGAUUCGGUGUGGCUUUGACACACGCGGGCCCCCUCAACCUCAAACUCAGCAAACACGAGGCUGAUAUGAACCCCAUCGACAAGUCAUGUCCUUGUCCGACAUGCACCGACGGGACUUCUCGUGCAUACCUGCAUCAUAUCGUCACACACGAGACCGCAGCUGCACACGCGGUAACAAUACAUAAUAUCACUUUCCAAGCCCAAGUCAUGGGUGGAGCCCGGGAUGCCAUACUAUCGGGAACAUUCCCAGAGUACCUGCGAUCGUUCUUUGCCGGCUAUUUUGGAGACGGCGGAUACCCCGAGUGGUGCGUCAAUGCAUUACGCAGCGUAGGAGUGGACUUACUGCAGGAUCACCCAGUAAAUCUGAUACCUGGCAGCGGAGCAAAAUGGGAAUAUGCAAAUUGACACCUUUGAUAGACGUUCCAGUAUGUAUAGAGCCCUUCAUCAUCGACGAUGCUUUUUUGAAUGACUCCCCCGACCAUUCUUUGCGCGCCGAUUUUCCAGCAGUUUCCUGUUCUUACGAACCUGCUCUGCGUUCUUGAGCUCACCUUUAACUCUACCGACCGACUUCGUUGCGAAUCGUCCGCCGACCUUCUUACCCUUCUUCCCAGGUGGUAAUCGGGACGAAGAACUCUGCGUCUCGCCCUCUUCCUUCUUCUUCAACUGCCGAACUUUGCGUUCAUAGUCCUUGCUGAGCUUAUCAAGGGGCUUGGGUACGGUAACGACCUUGUUGUGCUUGAAUUUGUGCCCUCUGAGUACCCGGGAAGUUUCGUUCUCGGUCUCGCCUACUCUUGGC